UACCGGAUCAAACGGUCUCGUUUUCUCGCUCGUUUCCUUUUAGCUGGAUAAAUCCAUUUUUCCAAACACAAAUUGGAAAACUGCUCCGAGAAAAGAAGUGGAGAAGAAUGGGGCGCGCAGCUCUCUCGCAAUUCCUCAUCCUGUCCAAUUCCUCUCCUCGCCUUUCAUCUUCACUCAGGUCUUUUGGCGGAUUUCGAAGCAAAUGCUUGAAAAGGCCCGGAUUCGUCCGACAAAGUCGCGCUAUAAAUGGACACAAUGCCGCCGGUUUCCAGUGCUGCUGCAGCGUAUCGCUCUCUCAGCCGGUGGCUCCUGAUACUUCUCCAAGUUCGGUCAGGAAGAGGAUAGUGUCAGGAGUCCAGCCAACAGGAGCUAUCCACCUUGGGAAUUAUCUUGGUGCCAUAAAGAAUUGGAUUGCGCUUCAGAACUUAUAUGACACACUCUUCUUCAUUGUGGACCUCCAUGCGAUUACACUACCAUAUGAUACACAACAGUUGUCAAAGGCAUCCAGGAAUACAGCAGCUAUUUAUUUGGCAUGUGGUGUGGACACCUCAAAGGCUUCUGUCUUUGUGCAGUCACAUGUUCGUGCUCAUGUAGAAUUGAUGUGGCUACUGAGUUGUGCCACACCAAUUGGUUGGCUAAACAGAAUGAUUCAGUUUAAAGAGAAAUCUCGCAAAGCGGGAGAUGAAAAUGUUGGAGUUGCUCUAUUGACAUAUCCAGUUCUGAUGGCUUCUGAUAUUCUUUUGUAUCAGUCUGAUUUUGUCCCAGUUGGUGAAGAUCAGAAGCAGCAUUUGGAAUUGACUCGUGAGUUAGCUGAGCGUGUUAACUAUUUAUAUGGAGGAAGGAAGUGGAAAAAACUGGGAGGGCGUGGUGGCCCUAUUUUUAAGGUCCCUGAGCCCCUAAUACCACCUGCCGGAGCACGAGUUAUGUCCCUCACUGAUGGUCUUUCAAAGAUGUCCAAGUCUGCACCUUCUGAUCAGUCUCGAAUCAAUCUUCUUGACCCCAAAGACGUGAUAGCAAACAAGAUAAAGCGUUGCAAGACUGACUCAUUUCCUGGCUUGGAAUUUGACAACCCUGAACGUCCUGAAUGCAACAAUCUUCUGUCCGUAUAUCAGAUAAUUUCAAGCAAGACAAAAGAGGAAGUUGCACAGGAAUGCCAAGAUAUGAACUGGGGCACGUUCAAAAUCCUCUUAACAGAUGCAUUAGUUGAUCAUUUACACCCUAUCCAGGUUCGAUACGAGGAAAUCAUUGCUGAUCCGGCUUAUUUGGACGGUGUCUUGGCAGAAGGGGCUACGAAAGCUGCAGCUAUAGCGGACGCUACUCUCGAGAACGUCUACCAAGCAAUGGGAUUCUUGCGCAGAUGAAUGAAAAUGGUCUGUAUACAAAACCUUAACAAGUAUGAUUUUAUUGUCUUUUGCCUUAUUCUCAUGCUGGUGAAGUUCUUAUUUAUUUA